CUGGCACUGCCUCUGUAGCGCGGUACAGCGGCCUCUCUUCUUCCUCUGCUCUCUCCCAGGGAAGAGCCUCGCUAGACGGGUUGCGCACAGGGAAACCCAUUCGGGGGAAACAUGUUCUUGGUUCUGGUGGUAACGGAUGAGCUGAGGGAGUUCCUGGUGCGGGCACGGAGCGGAUCGGCCAUUCGGAUCAUCCAGGUGCUGAUCCGGGACGAGCAGCUGGUGCUGGGGGCAUACAGUGAGCCGUCUCAGAGCUGGGACCGCGACUAUGACCACUUCCUGCUGCCACUGCUGGACGCCCAGGAGCCCUGCUACAUCCUGUACCGGCUGGACUCUCAGAAUGCACAAGGCUAUGAGUGGCUCUUCAUCUCCUGGUCGCCUGACCAGUCACCAGUCAGACUGAAGAUGCUGUAUGCUGCCACGCGUGCCACAGUGAAGAAAGAAUUUGGUGGAGGACAAGUGAUGGAUGAGAUGUUUGGCACUACGCAGGAAGACAUCUGUCUCCAAGGCUACCAAAAAUACCUGUCAUCAUGCUCCGCCCCAGCCCCACUCACAGCCGCGGAAAGGGAGCUUCAGCAAAUCAGACUCACCGAGGGCAGGGUUAAGCAGGUAAAUGUAGAUAUGACUGUGGAUAUGAGCAAACCACAGACACUCCAGGGUCUGGCCUUCCCAUUACAGGACGCCGCUAAGCGUGCCCUUCAACAGCUUACAGACAGAUGUAUCAACUACAUUCAACUGAGACUGGAUACAGAGAAGGAGACCAUCGAUCUGGUCCACACCAACCCCACAGAGACAUGUGAUCUUCCCCACCGGAUCCCCACAGACACGCCGCGCUACCACUUCUUCCUCUACAAGCACUCCCACGAAGGAGAAUACCUCGAGUCUGUUGUGUUCAUCUACUCCAUGCCAGGCUACAGCUGCAGCGUGAAGGAGCGCAUGCUGUACUCAAGCUGCAAGAGUCGUCUGCUGGAGGACGUGGAGAGAGAUUUCCACCUAGAGGUGGCCAAGAAGAUGGAGAUUGACAGUGGUGAGGAGCUGACGGAGGAGUUUCUAUACGACGAGGUGCACCCCAAGCAGCACGCCUUCAAGCAGGCCUUUGCUAAACCCCGCGGCCCAGCAGGAAAGAGGGGCAACAAGCGCAUCAUCCGUGGGGGCAGAGGAGAGAACGGAGAGAAAAGUUAGGAGGACCAGGAGAGAAAAUUUGAGAAAGAGAGGAUGAGAAGGAGUUCAUCUCCCAAAGUCCCAAAGUCUCUCCUUUUCCUCCUGAAAAAGAGUCUUGAGAUAGCUUCACUCCGUUGAUUGAGAAAGUGGAGAGAGGGAUUUAUAGGGUUCUCUAAUAUUCUCUCUAUUAUCUCUAGUAUUUUUACUUUUUUUUUGGUUUUUAAACUUUUCAGCUUGUGUUUAUUCUUCUACGUUUUUGUUUAGUUGUUUGUGAAUAUUUUUUUCAUACACAAUACAAACAUACAUAACGUACAUACAUACAUACAUACGCACGACAUAAAAUAAACUCAGGAAAUAGUGGUUUACAUGAGAAGUAUUCCCCCCCUCCUUUGAUAAUGAAGGCACAUUUAGACCAGUCUAAUCUUUUCAGACUUUAAAAUAGAAAAGCCAUUAUAAGUUGACCAUUUCAACAUAGAUUACGUUACAUUUCAAAGAAAUGUUGAGUCAUUUCUUAAACUAAUUUUAAGACAUCCUUUCACAUUGGGAACCUACAGGCAUACAGACCAACUAACUACCACAUUGUUGGCUAUACACAUCAACUGACUUGGAUAUUAAUGUUAGGUGAAGGCAGCAAUCUAGACACAAACAAACUCUCCACACUGAUGAGAGAAACCGAGAGGAAUUAACGUGAAUCAAGCAACAGAGGACUGGAAUGCGGAAUGCGAAGCAUACUCAGAUGGGCAUUAGAAAUCUCAUGCAAAGGCAGUAAGAUGGUGUUUUGUAUGGAUCACGUAAUCUACCUACCUCUUCACAGCCAACCCUCUGGACUACGUCGCCUGUGAAUGUCUCGUGUCAAACAUAUAAUUUGAACAAGUAGAUGAUGUGUAUCAGAAAAGGAAUUCCAAAUAAAGCCUCUUGUUUCUUUA